AUGGACCCGGUUGCAGUUUUGGCAAUACUUUACUGUUAUUUGUACAGAGAUACUAACAAAGUUUGCUGUUAUGCACAUCCCGACGCACCGCUCAUUGAGGAUUAUAGAGCAGGAGACAUGAUUUGUUCCGAGUGUGGUCUUGUUGUUGGAGAUCGCGUUAUAGAUGUUGGUUCUGAGUGGCGAACCUUUAGCAAUGAAAAAAGCGGCGUGGAUCCCAGUCGUGUUGGUGGCCCCGAAAAUCCUCUGCUGAGUGGUGGCGAUCUUUCAACAAUAAUUGGACCGGGAACGGGAGCAGCUUCAUUUGACUCCUUUGGAUCACCGAAAUACCAAAACAGACGAACAAUGAGUAGUUCCGAUAGGUCAUUAAUCCUGGCUUUCAAAGAAAUAUCCAUGAUGGCCGAUAGAAUCAAUUUGCCAAAAACUAUCGUGGACAGGGCCAAUAAUUUAUUCAAACAGGUACAUGAUGGUAAAAAUCUUAAGGGACGAUCCAAUGAUGCAAAAGCUUCUGCUUGUCUGUAUAUAGCUUGCCGACAAGAAGGCGUCCCCCGAACAUUCAAGGAAAUAUGCGCUGUUAGUAAAAUAAGUAAAAAGGAAAUUGGAAGAUGUUUCAAACUGACUCUCAAAGCUCUUGAAACUAGCGUAGAUCUAAUCACAACGGCAGAUUUCAUGUCUAGAUUUUGUGCAAAUCUUGACUUGCCAAAUAUGGUUCAGCGUGCUGCUACGCACAUAGCAAAGAAAGCCGUUGAAAUGGAUAUUGUACCAGGUCGAUCUCCAAUAUCUGUCGCUGCAGCUGCUAUAUAUAUGGCUUCACAGGCUUCUGAGCACAAGAGGAGUCAAAAGGAAAUUGGAGACAUAGCUGGAGUAGCUGAUGUAACAAUACGCCAAUCGUAUAAACUGAUGUAUCCGGAAGCAGCAAAACUAUUUCCAGAAGACUUUAAGUUUGCUACUCCAAUUGAACAAUUGCCACAAAUGUAAACUAA